AUGAAAGCUACGAAUUCAUCUUCAGUCACUCAAGCUUCUUCCAGCAAUUUAUCAUGCAGAAAACUAAAUAGAAAAAGAAAGAUUCCAAAUAUAUCUCAGAUACCCAUUUUGGACCUAACAUCAGAUGAAGAUUUACGUGAUCAACAAAUCCGUCAACAGUUAAUAUCAGAUUACUUGGACCAUGGUGACCAGACAUUUGUGUGUACGAUGUGUCAUGCACAAUUAUGGACAUAUGAAGCUCUUAAAGGCAAUACUUCCGGAAAGAAAACUUCUUAUUCCAUGUGUUGUGGUAACGGAAAAGUCGAGCUUCCUCAAUUAAAACAAGCUCCAACAAAUUAUCAAAAUCUCUUUCGUAAUGUUGAUCCAAAAGGAAAAAAUUUCAUGACGAAUAUUCGUCGAUUCAAUUCGAUGUUUUCCUUUACUUCAAUGGGUGGAAAAGUUGAUUCUUCCAUUAAUAGGGGCAAUGCUCCAUAUGUUUUCAGACUUAGCGGUCAAAAUUACCAUUGUAUGGGAAGUCUUUUACCUAUAGACGGAUCCAAACCAAAGUUUUCACAACUAUACAUAUAUGAUACUGAAAAUGAAAUAACAAAUAGACAACGCGCUUUCAGUACACAGAACGAAGGUUGCACAUCAACUUCUCAUUCUCUUGAUAUUGAAAUCAUUAGAUUUUUGAAGGACAUGUUGGAUUCGACCAAUGAGUUGGUUAAGUGUUAUAGAAUGGCCAGAGACUGUUUUGAUGAAAAUCCUCAUAUAGAUCUAAAGUUACGUCUUAUAGGAAGAAGGCAACAAGAUGGAAGGACAUAUAACUUACCUACUGCUUCUGAGGUUGCUGCUUUAAUUGUUGGUGACAUUGGCGAUGCAAUUGAUAAUAGAGAUAUCAUCGUAACAACUAAAUCAGGAAGUCUACAACGUAUAAACGAAUUACAUCCGGCUUACCUUGGUCUUAGUACCCACUACUCUUUCCAUAUGGAGAUGAUGGAUAUAGAGUUGAUAUACCUCACAGGGAUGUUGAUCCUUCAACUAAUACCAAACGUCGUUUCUGUACAAUGA